AUGGGUGUCGCACCAACUACAAUCGGCACUUACGAUGCCGCCCUCCAGAGGCGCCAGGCGCUUAUGGGUGCCAGUGGCGCGCGAGCCCUCGUCAAGAACUGGAAGGUCGCCCGAAUUGCCGCGUUUGCCUGUAUCGGAGGUAUCCUCUACGGUUACAACCAGGGAAUGUUUUCGGGCAUUCUGACAAUGCCUUCUUUCGAGAGCCACAUGGGAGAUUACAUCAAGAAUCAGACCAAGAAGGGUUGGCUGACAUCGAUUCUCGAACUUGGUGCAUGGCUCGGAACUGUCAUGUCUGGUGCCAUCGCUGAAUUGUGCUCUCGUAAAUACGGUAUCUUGAUCGCUACUUGCGUCUUUAUCAUUGGUGUCGUCAUUCAGUCCACUGCCAUUCAGGCUGGACACAAUGUCAUUCUAGCCGGGCGAUUCAUCACUGGUAUGGGAGUUGGUAGCUUGUCAACCAUUGUCCCGCUUUACAACUCCGAAUGCGCUCCACCUGAGGUUCGAGGUGCCCUGGUCGCCCUGCAACAGCUUGCCAUUACUUUUGGUAUCAUGAUUAGUUUCUGGAUCGACUACGGCUGCCAUUUCAUCGGUGGAACUGGCGAGGGGCAAAAAGACGCAGCUUGGCAAAUCCCCAUCUGCCUCCAACUCGCUCCGGCUCUUAUCCUGCUCGUCGGCAUGGCAUGGAUGCCAUUCUCGCCCCGAUGGCUCAUCCACCAUGGACGAGAAGAGGAAGCCAGAGAGGUCCUGGCCAACCUUCGAGAUCUCCCUACCGACCACGAACUGAUCGAGCUGGAAUUCCUCGAGAUCAAGGCUCAAUCACUUUUCGAGAAGCGAAGCUUGGCUGAGAGAUUCCCCCAUCUCCAAGCGGAGUCAGCGAUGAACACUGUCAAACUCCAAUUUGUUGCUAUCGGCGCUCUCUUCAAGUCCAAGGCCAUGUUCAAGCGUGUCAUUGUCGCUACUGUGACCAUGUUCUUCCAGCAGUGGACCGGCAUCAACGCUGUCCUGUACUACGCCCCCCAGAUCUUUGGACAACUUGGUCUCAGCAGCAACACCACCAGUCUCUUGGCCACUGGUGUCGUCGGUAUCGUCAUGUUUAUCGCUACGGUCCCUGCAGUCUUGUGGAUCGAUCGACUCGGCCGUAAGCCUGUCUUGACUGUCGGCGCCAUUGGUAUGGGUGCAUGCCAUCUCAUCAUCGCCGUCAUUCUUGCCAAGAACAUCGACCAGUUCGAGACUCACAAGGCCGCUGGCUGGGCUGCUAUCUGCAUGGUUUGGCUGUUUGUCGUCCACUUUGGAUACUCCUGGGGACCCUGUGCCUGGAUCAUUGUCGCCGAGGUUUGGCCUCUCAGCACACGACCUUAUGGUACUUCGCUUGGUGCCUCCAGUAACUGGAUGAACAACUUUAUUGUCGGACAAGUUACACCAGACAUGCUGGAAAACAUUACAUACGGAACCUAUAUCUUGUUUGGGUUGCUCACAUGGAUUGGUGCAGCCUUCAUCUGGUUUAUCGUUCCCGAGACCAAGCGACUGUCACUCGAAGAGAUGGACAUCAUCUUUGGAUCUGAGGGAACUGCCCUUGCUGAUAACGAGCGCAUGGCUGAGAUCAACCGUGAGAUCGGCCUUGAGAGCAUCAUCUACCGUGAUCAGUCUACUCAUCACGCAGAGGUCCCGGAGAAGGAGAUGCUGUGA